AUGAGCAACACUGCGAUUGAUGAACAUUGUAAAUCUAUUCAAAAACAUGCAGCAAAUAUUAGCAUCGAACAGUUGAAGACAUCGUUUGAUAUAUUUACCGUUGGUUUCAAAGAAAUUAAUAUUCCUGAUGUUAAAAGCGCAUUUAUAGAAAAAAUUCUUUUCACAUUGGCAAGUUUACCACACAGACAUAAAAUACUUCUCAACUCUGAACUAGUCAAACACGAACUUUUUAUAAUUUUACGGGAUACUGCAAUUACCGACGAGCUUCAUCGAAAACAAACAGAAGAAAGUGUUACACAGAAAUUCGUUUUGGAUGCUACAAUCUUGUUUAUGAAUCUAAGUUAUAGCAUUGAUGAUAGUAAUGUUGAUGAACUUAAAAGUUUACUAUUUUCUAAACCGUUGAUCGACGAACUUGUGUAUUGUCUUCAAGAGAUUGGCACUAACGGCAAACAUUUGAAUGAUUCUCAACUUCUUCGUUCAGUGCGCUCCCUAUUAACCAUAUUUAAAAAUAUCAUCAGAAAUCAUAUGGCAGCAUAUGAUUAUUCGUUGAUCGCACCUAUCUUUUCUGCUGUCACGCAAUGUCUGUGUUCUCCGUAUGCUAUUGAAAUGAUCAAAAGUUUGGAUCAAUAUUUUUAUCAAAAACUUGAUAAUAGUCAAACAUUAUUCCUUCGCACGAUGCCAUGGUAUUUACAAUGGUAUCCUGAUUACGGAGAUCCUGAAAAUUUGAUUAAGAUCUUACGUACAUUACUUCAUGAAUUUACUGCAUGGAUGACAAGCGGUCAGCCCGAGUCUUAUCUUCAAUGUUCUCCGCAAGUUAAUGCUAUGAUUCGUCAGCUAACUUAUUUUCUCAUUCGUCCUGUUGAGUCUGAAAAUGUCAAUAUUUUUAGUGAAGAAUUUUAUAGUGACUACUGCAAAUUAGUGUUGCAAUGGUCAUCUUUUUUGUCAUUAACAUUGAAACAUCAUUCAAAUAAAACGAAUUUAAAGUCCAAAGCACAAACCAUUGUUCAAAUUUUGUAUAAUUUCACACUUCACUUGAAUGUACUCAAUUUUAUGAAAACUAUACCGGAUUUGAUUUCUAUGCUUCUGGAACUGACUGAUACUGAUCAUGAUGAAAUACAAUUGAAUGCUUAUCGGUGUUUGGGGAAACUGAUGGUUGAAAAUGACAUUAAGGCUAUGGUGAACCCGGGAAAAAUUGCUACUGUCUACAUUGAUUUUAUGAGAAAUACUAUAGAUGAUCCUGGAAAAACAGAACGAUUUGAUAGCUUGCUGAAGAGUUUAAAAAAUUUUGUACAACAUGAUCAAGUUAAAACUGAAUUAAUAAAGCAGGGAACACUUCCUUUACUAAUGAAAUGUGUUGUAGAAGUACGAUUCGAUCCAAUCAAAGUACAACAAGUCGCUCUUGAAAUUCUUCUCGCACUUUCAUUUUUCAACGAAGCCUGUUUGAUACUAAAACAGAAUGAAGAUUUCAUGAAUCAUAGUAGAAAUCUUGCAGAAAAUUCAAACUCGGGUCAAGCUGGUUUACAACGAGCUGCUGAAGGACUUCUUUGGAAAUUGGAAAAAGAAAAUGCAGCAGUUGCUAAACCAUCUAUUUUAUAUUCACACAAAUACAAUAUUAUGAUAAGUUAUGCGCAUAAAAAUCAAGAACUAUGUCUUCAAAUUCAUGAAGAACUAGUGAAACAUGGAUUUAACGUCUGGCUUGACAGAGAAUGUUUGUAUGGAUCGACAAUGGUCGGCAUAGCAAAUGCUAUUGAAAAUUCUGAAAAUGUACUAAUCUGUAUGUCGAACGCAUACAAAGAAAGUGUUUAUUGUCAAUCAGAAGCACAUUAUGCAUUUGAAAGAGGAUGUCGUCUAAUUCCAAUCAUUAUAGAAGCCGAUUAUAAACCUGAUGGAUGGCUGGGUAUCAUUGUCAGUGGUAAAAUCUACGUGAAUUUUGCAAAUACUCAAUUCAGCUUGGCCUAUGAAAAAUUGAAGAAUGAGAUAAUUCAACAAUGUCAAACAGCUUCAAAACCAUUACCAACAAACUCAACGGAGAACAAUUCGAUGAGUCUGGAACAUACUGAAUUACUUUCCAAUACAAUCGAGGACCUACCAUAUUCUAUUACAGAAUGGACUCAUGAUCAUGUAAAAUUAUUUCUUCUACGAAUGAAACUUGGCACUACAAUUCUUCCUCUUUGUACACGUCUCGAUGGUGAUCGCCUUCUACAACUCUAUGAAAUGUGUCUUAGCAAUCGUGAAUCAAUGUAUCAAUCGCUGAAAUUUGAACUGAAUGAAAGAUAUCACACAUUGCUACCGAUUGCCGAUUAUAUCACUUUCCUUCACAAUAUCAAAGCUUAUAUUCCAUCAAACGCCAUCACAUAUCCAUCGUCGUUUUUUCGUUUUACGAGGUGUGAUCUUAUGUAG